AUGCUUUUCCUCAGCUAUCCGUACUAAAGCACACCGUCGACCUGUAAAGAUGUCAAAAAUGGCGGCUGAAGCUAGGAACGGCCCGGUUGGCAUUGGCAAGAAACGGUCUGACAAGUUCACUGCCCCGUUGCAAGGCUGCUUGUGAUGAUGAUCAGGGGUUUCCUGGACAGUCAACCACAUACCUUAAAGUGUAUGCGUCAAGUUGUCUUUUUGCUAUCUUUUUUCUUCUGUGUACCUGCCUUUUUCUGGCUGGGAAGGCUGGGAAAAGAGGAAGCCCCUGCCACUUUUCAGAGCUUCUCAGUUGGGAUCGAAUAUCAAGAUCGCUCACACUCUCUUUACCAUGUGGGCUUCACUCCUUUGUUCCGCCCUACUUGCAGCCAUUGCCUUUCCGCUCAUUGGAAACAGCCUGGCAAUCCCUGCCUCAUCUCACUCAUUUAAGAACCAGCUUGAGGGAAGAGACGAUCUUGAGAAGAGAGAUGAGCUCGACAAACCUCCGAUAUACCCGCCAUUUUCCGAAGACACGCAAAACAAGCACCUGCGCUUUGACUACCCCUGGAUGCAUUGGAGAUCAAGACCAUGGGAAGAGGGCUACUACCCAAUUCACUGCGUUCAUGAAGCCCAGUUCAACAACCUUUGGAUUCUAGACUUUCAAGUCCGAGAUGUGUGGUUCGAAGACUGCGGCGUCCCGUGGACGGUGUGUAGACACAAGGAUGCAAAGGAAAAGUGGUAUAGCAUCUUGGAUACCCUUAGCCAAGUCCCCGUAGGCAUGCGCCAGUACGUCGCCAACCUGGUCAUCCUGCCCGGCCCCAUCGAUGGCGGACAGGGCUUUACCAUCCAAGCUGCGGCCUACACCCGCGGCUCCGUUUUGGUUUUCUCUCCCACUUACUUCAAGCUUGGUGUCUUAUUCCAUGAGAUCACCCACAUCAUGGACAUGGUAGCCCUCGCCCCGUUCCUCGAGAGUCAAGGGUUUCCCGAGGGAACGCCCUUCUCGAGAACAAAGUAUUGGAAGUACGCCUACGGAAAUGACACCGCCGUGCCAACUCCUUACUCUAGGGCGUCGUGGCAGGAAGACUUUGCCGAUGCGGGGAGAUGGGCGAUGAGUGACAUCAGCAGGUACAGAGGGUUGCGGGAGUACAGCAAGGGUUGGGGGGCGUGCAGGACGCAGAUUCGGGCCUUCCAGUGGUGGAUGAUGCCGAUGAUAUUUCCAAAGAAGGGGAUAUGCACCGGUAAGGUGGAGGGUGGCUACGCGGUGAAGGUGGUGGUGGUAGAGGGACAGAAUCCGCUGGUUUCUCUUUUCCAACCAGGGCCUGAGAGUCGGGAGGAAGGCAGGAAAAGGCCAAAUACCAAGGUGGCAGGGUCAGGCGUGGCACCCAUUGUGCUGCCAGCUGGUGCUGCCAACAUGUUCUUUGCUUACCAUGGGGCUUGAGGGAGGGUUUCUUUUUGUAAAAAGUUUCACAUAGAUUGCCGGCUCACAAUUAGAGUAGAUACAU